GGCGGAAGCGGAAGCGGGAGCGGGAGCGGGAGCGGGGCCGUGCGGGCGCGGCGGUGGUGGCGGCGGUGGCGGCGAUGCUGUCGCUGGACUUUCUGGACGAUGUGCGGCGCAUGAACAAGCGGCAGCUGUACUACCAGGUGCUGAACUUCGGCAUGAUCGUGUCCUCCGCCCUCAUGAUCUGGAAGGGGCUCAUGGUGGUGACGGGCAGCGAGAGUCCCAUCGUGGUGGUGCUGAGUGGGAGUAUGGAGCCUGCUUUCCACAGAGGAGAUCUCCUGUUCCUCACCAACCGAAUUGAAGAUCCAAUCAGAGUGGGAGAAAUUGUCGUCUUUAGGAUAGAAGGAAGGGAAAUUCCUAUAGUCCAUCGUGUCCUGAAAAUCCAUGAGAAGCAAAAUGGAGACAUCAAAUUUCUGACAAAGGGAGACAACAAUGCCGUGGAUGACAGAGGACUCUACAAGCAGGGGCAGCACUGGCUGGAGAAGAAGGAUGUCGUAGGACGAGCAAGAGGAUUUGUGCCCUAUAUUGGAAUAGUGACUAUCUUAAUGAACGAUUAUCCAAAAUUUAAGUAUGCAGUCCUCUUUUUACUGGGUUUAUUUGUGCUGGUCCAUCGAGAGUAGUCCCUUGUACUGAACUUCGAGAUGAAGGUGCCAUGGAUUUUUCUAGAUGAACAUUUAAAGUAGCUGAUGGUCUGAUGUACCAGGAGAAAGAAGAAAGCAUGCAUUUCAAAGCUUCGUGCCAGUUUGGGUUUGUUUUGGUUUUUACUGCAUAAGGGGAAUGUUUGUCACAGUAUUUCCAAUGGUUUGUCACAUUUUAGCCUUUUUAGUGAAUUUUUAUAUUAAAAAUUUGAGCCAAAGUGUUUAGUGCUUGUACUUUGAAGCUGAGCUUCCUCUCCAAGUGCCUCUGGGACCGUGUUCUCAGUGUGUUCCUGGCCGGGCCAGGUGCCCCCUCCCUUGUGCUCACUGAACUGUCCAGUGGUGAGUUGUGGCCAUGACAGUUUUAUCCCAAUUCAGAACUGGAAUAAAGAUUUUGCCUCUU